CAAUCGCGCCCUGCAAAAUAGCGUGAUGGCGACUGUAAAAGUUGUUUAUGGUACAAUGGAGUUUGGACGUCGCAUGAGCAAAGAAGAGGUAUGGUGUUGCAGUCUAGUCAAGUACUGGAGCUGUUUCUACAGAGUGGCUUCAAUGAACUUGAUACAGCAAGAAUGUAUAGCAAUGGUCAAUCAGAGAAGAUCAUAGGCAAUCUACCUGCUGAAUUCCGAAACAAGUUUACGAUCGCAACCAAGGCUAAUCCAAUUCCUCCUAACAGUUUGAGACGAGACAGUCUUACAGAUCAAACAAACCUUUCUCUUCAGUGUCUUCAGAAGCAGUCAGUUGACAUCUUGUAUCUACAUAUGCCUGAUCACAAUACACCCAUCAAAGAGACACUAGAAGCAUGUCAACAAUUAUAUGUUGAGGGUAAGUUCAAGGAGUUGGGACUGUCAAAUUAUGCUGCAUGGGAAGUUGUUGAAGCUUACUAUAUUUGCAAACAAAAUGGCUGGGUAGUUCCUACUGUGUAUCAAGGAAUGUACAAUGGUAUUACAAGGGAAGUUGAAGAAGAAUUGUUUCCUGCCAUACGACAUCUUGGGAUGCGGUUCUAUGCAUAUAAUCCACUGGCUGGUGGUUUAUUGACAGGAAAAUACAAAUUUGAGGCAGCACAAGAACCCGAUAGACAACCAGUUAGUCGCUUUUUUGGCACUGGAGGAACUUGGGCAAAAACCUAUCGAAAUCGCUACUGGAAUGAAGCAUACUUUGGAGCCAUUCAACUGAUUCAUAACAGUUUGAAGAAAACCUAUGGAACACACCAAGACGGAUCGCUAAAGGUUUCUCUCGUUGAUGCAGCCAUUCGCUGGCUUAAGUGGCAUUCCAAGUUGUCAGCAGAACAAGGAGAUGGAAUUAUACUUGGAACAACAAGCUUGAAACAAACGAAAGAGGAUUUGGAUGCUUACUUAGGAGGCCCUUUGGAUGCAGAUGUAGUAGGUGUGUUUGAUGAAGCAUGGCAGAUGACCAAAGCUUUCUGUCCUCAUUAUUUUCGUUGACAAUUGCAAAUAGUGAUUGUAGUUCAUUUUGUCAGUGAAUACUGAUGUUGCUUGCUGUAUUAUUGGUUAAACAUGGAGCUUGUUGUUGAACAUGUUGUUUAGUUGUAUCACAACAUUUCCAAAUUUUAU